GGUUGCAGUCUGAUGCCUGGCAGCCCUAUGCCCCAUGUUUGCAAAGGCUGCCUCUGCCUCGUUGACAACGCAUACUAGACGAUGAGUGGAGGGGGGUGAGAGAUGACCAUUUAUCAUGGCCGACAUGGCAUUGCUGAAUGCGUCCCCCUGGUGGUACACGAGAGAAUGACGGCUAAAAGAUGUGCUGAGGCACAGACAGUGCUCGUCAGACACAAUCGUCAGAAACAAUGAGGGAUGGAGCAUGGCGACAGAGGGGGGGGAAGACGACAAUGAAAGACACUGGCCUUCGAACCAAGCAAGCAUUAGCAGAGGCAGACAAACAGAACACACCCAUGCAAACCAAAAGACCAAUGCUCCAUCCAUAUCUACCGCAAGAUGCUCAUGCGAAAUAGACAGACCCACACGCCUCUCGGCCCUCCCCCCGUCCACAGAAGGAAGGCCUCUCAUCCUCCACACCUUCACUCACACCUUCUUCUUGAGCCUCUUGCGCGCUGCCUCCUUCUGUCGGCUGAUGGCCUGAGUCUCGGGGAUCCAGAACACAUCAGGUGUACGCCUGUCAUCACAUGACAGAAACAGACAGAGAGUGCUCGCAGGCAGGCAGGCGGGCAGGGGGCGGGUAUACGGUUUUCCAUCCAUUCCAUCGGCACCUUUUGACAUCCCGAUGGGGGAACCGGACGAAGCUCAGGUUCAUGAAGCACUGCAGCUUGCGCAGCUCGGCCGCGGACAUUUCCCUGUCCAUGAGCUGCUGCCGAUACAUGUGGUGGAACUGCAGGGCCUCGGGCAGCGGCUCGUCCUCAGACGCCGUGGCCUCGUCGUAAAGAUCCUCGGGCAGCUGCUGCACCGCCUCCCACAUACGCUCACGAGCUGCAGCCUCGUGACCCUCAUACAGCUCGCUCUCAAGCUGCACGCACAGAAACGAUCGACAUCCAGACAUCAAUCACAUCAAGCACUUAGUGCAUAUCCUGGCGAACGAGCGAAUUGUGGCUCACGGGCAGUGCAGUGCGUCCCCACCUGUCUGUGUCGCUCAUGGGCUUCGAACCUCCUCUGGAAGUGCGCCCGCUGCUCGUCUGUGUCGGUGGGGUCGUGAGGCGAGAAGAUGACGUCGAGCAGCGCCCGCAGUCGGUCCUUGUUGCCGAGGAACUGGAUAGUGUCCUUGACGUGCUCCUGCGGCACGUAGGGGAGCAGACGGAUCUCCACGCUGUGCUCCACCUUCUUCUUGGGCUCUGCCUUUUGCUUGUCCUUCUUCUUCCGCUCCGGAACACCCGACGCCCUCGCAGACACUCGCAUCUGCCGCAAGACUGUCUGCGACACAAUCACAAUGGGGCUGUUUCGCUGCAUGGCCGAUCUGGG